UGAACGGAGAGAUUGAGGAUGUACAGAUCGCUGUGGAGGAACAGGGAAUGGAAACAUGCGCUGAUAAAACUGAUGUGAAGGAUGAUCGUGUAACUCGAAAGGUAAAUACAACCUCAUUAUUACUUUAAGAUUCCCUAAUAGACCCACAGUUAGUUUAAAGGGUAAAACUUUUAAUAUUUACCGAUGAAAGCAUGUGUGAAAAAUAUCAGGGUUUUUAUAUAUUUGUAAAUACAGCGAAUAUUCCUUUCUUCUUUCUUGAAGUGCAAAGAUGCAUAAACAAAGCUUUCAUUGAUUUCACUCCAGAAAUUCCAGCUUCAGUCAUCUUGAAGUAUUUUGCACCACCACCUUUUCACUUUCAGUAUUAUGCUGCCGCUAAAUACUUUAAGAAACUGAAGCUGGAACUUUUGGAGUGAUCUUUUGUGUGGAGAUGAGUGGCAGGGGUCAUUUGUGACAGAAAGAUAGUAGCAAGAGUGGAAAAGAAGGUUUACAGAGUGGUAGUGGGAAAAAACUGGAGCUGGCAAAACUGAAGAUGCUAAGACUUUCAUUGGUGGAUAGGUUAAGCAUUUUGGAAACAAGUUAGGGAGACAAGGCUGAGAUGGUUUGGACAUGUGCAGAAGACCUCACCAAAGAUUCAUGGAUGCAGUGAAGGAUGAGAUGCAGAAAGAUGUUAGAGAGACGGUGAGAACCCUAAAAGGAGCAGCCAAAAAAAGAAGAAGAAGAAAAAGACACAUGCAUUUAGAAUUUCCCAACAUUUGGUGGAAUCCAUUCUCUCUCCUAGCUGCACAGCGUUUCCCUUGCCAAUAACUACCACACACACUGAAAACACUUCAUUUUCCUGUUUGCUUAACAGUUAAUAAGGUGUUUUCAGCUGUUUGUGAGAAAAAUCAUUAAUUUUGAACAUCGUUUUGAGCACUUGUUUCACAAAAGAUCGGCUCAUCCAUCACACACUUCAGUGGUUCUUGACCUGCCUUAGGUCUAAUGAAUCCUUACUUCUUUCUCAUUCAUGUAAUAGCAUAUUUUUUCUAGUAAUGCUUAGAUUUUUCAUGCAACUGUAUUGACACAUAGAAACUAUGAUGCACAAUGAGUUUACUUAGCAGCAGUGAUGUUUUAUUGUUUCUCUCUAUAGGUAGUAAAUCAGCCCUGGCCAGAGAGGAGAAGAACAAUAGGGGGUAUUGAUUUUGAAAAAAUUGCAGCAUCUCAAGCUGGUGAGUAUCUUCUUUCUAGCUCAGCAAAGCUUUGGUUGUGUCAGCCUGAAUAUCAUAUUACCCUGCCUACUGUCAUGUGAAAGAAACGGACAAAAUUACUGUUUUUUUAAAGCAUUCAGAACAAUAGUUUCACUUUUCUAAGAUUAAAGGACUAUCUCUUUAUUGAGUAGUUAUCAGCAGAGCUCGGAUUUAAACUUUUUACAGUUUGAUUAGGGAUACGUGAGUAGCAACAUAAACAAACAGCGCGAGUUCAUGUCAUAAAUUACACAUUGCAAUAAUGAAAGCAGCUACAGCAAGCUUCAAAGUGCAAGCUUCCAGGUAAAAGACCGGCUGAUAAAACCGGGAAAUACUGCGCCUUGAUUUAGGUAAUGAGUAAACAGUGAACUAUGAUGAAUAUGGUUUGGUUCUAUAAAUUCAGGGUCAAAUAACAAACUGCUGAAGACGAUUCAGCUUAAGAUGAAAAUAUCAGAAAGAAAAUAAACAUGUGGCUCUUUCAAAAAUUUGUUCUGAAAGAAACAUCUUUGGGCACAAAAACAUAACAAAAAUAAACAAAGAUGUUAGACGUGCCUUGGAGAGCUGUCUUCAGCGAGUUCGGUCAAAGCUUUGGAUGACUCAACUUGGUGUAGGAAUAGUAAGCCACUCCACAACCGGACAGAAAUAGCUGGUGUGCUACAAGACCAGAAUAAGUGCAGGAGGGUGAAAGGGUCAGCUGUUUCCAGGAGAGGAAUGGGACAGAAAGAAGGAGCGAGUGGCAGAGGCUCCAUGACACGACACAAACCAACAGACAACUAAAGUUUGGAAGAAACUGGGAAUAUUUCUUCUUCUAUGAAAAGAGGAGGUCAGCUGCAGACUUCAGAGACAGCUCUUUCGUCCAAACCAAGGAGAAACUUUCUGUCUCGGUGAAAGCAAUAUCAGCUCUCUAUCUGUCCAAAGCGGGAACCAAGGAAUCAGCAAACAGUCAUGUAAAAUUGGAACGAAAAGUGUCACGUGAGUCUGGGAAAAGAGAAAACCAAAUCAAGAUGUCAGAAGACUCAAGUGUCCAAGAAAAAGAGGAUUUACCAUUACCUCCUUCAGCAAGACAUCAGCCAGAAUUAGAAGAAAGCUGUAGGACAAAUUCUCCGCAACCUAAUCUGCCCCAGCUUUCCAAAGAAAUGUUAUAUCAGCAGAGGCAGAAAUGUGAACUGAGGCGUCUCCUGAAGCACACCCAUCCAGAGCUGAAGAUGCUGGAUGAUGUUGUGGAUGAAGAGCUUGCUGAAGUUUUGAGCUCAGAGAGGAUGACAGCUGAUGUAACCGGAUACGAGGGAGAGGUCCUUUCGAAACGCUUGAUAUUUGAGAACUGUGGCUCAAGUAACAAAGUGUCUCACUACACCCCCAAGAUGCACAUGGAAGGGGGACGUGAGAAACAAUGUGAUUUUAGUAAAACGUUGGCUGUUCUGGAGGAAACAAAAGAAACGCCUCGUGUAGAAAGUGCUAAAGAGGUUAUGGAAGCUGAAAAAUCUCUUGGUAUUAGUCCAGACACUGACAGAGAGUGUGAGGAAGAGACGGUCAGACUAGACGUUCAGGCUACCAGAAGGAUAUUUGAGAGUCAGUCUGUGAACAUGUCUGGGCCAAAUCUGGGUAAAAUCCAGGGAAAGGUUUCUAUUAACGGGGAUGAGACAAAGGAAGUCCAAAAACAAAAAAAGCAAUUUGAAAUGGCUUGCAGUGAGAGUAUACACAGAAAAAAUGAAAGCACAAGCAAUGAUUUAGCAACAGAGCCCCGUGAACAACCAUGUCCUCAUGUCAGUCAAAGAACUGAACGCGACUUCUCAUGUAAAGAUGAGUUUUCCACUGAGGAAGCACUCUUUGAAGAGGAGUCUAUAAGCUUAUCCGAUUUGGAAAAGAAUGAUGAAAUUAUUAAAACAAGGGCAGCUCUUUUUCAAAACAACCCCUUUAUCUCCACCAACAUACAAAGAGAGCCCUCCGUUGUGCACACAUCAAAAACUCAAAUCACAAGCGGUAGCGGUGCAAGUGAGGACAACACGACCACCAAUGUGAAAAACAGAACCCAUCUUUUUGAAUCAAUGCCAUUUGACAAAAUUAGACGUCAGAACGAGGAUGAAAUUGAGACAAUGGUGGAGAACAUCAAGGAAACGCUGAAUUUCCUGUACCAGAUUAGAGUCAUCCAAUCGUUUGGCUUUAUCAUUGAGGUCAAUGAGACAAUGAUUGCUAAAAAAGCUAAGUUUACACUAUCAGAGAGUGGGCCUGAGAUAAAACAUGACGAGGUGGCUGAAGGCGGUGCCCAAAACUUCAUACUCCAGCUGCUACCACGGGUAAACCUAAAACCUCAGGUCACUUACCUAAAGGAGGACCGCAAAGGGGAUAUCGAGACCACGGCGGUGACGGCGCCUGUUCAACAGCAUCAGUUCAAUGCGAACAAGGACACGGAGUUCAGAACUGCCAGUGUGGUUCAGCUUGUUGAGGAUAUUCUCAAUCAAGAUAACUCUCUGAGAAAAGGAGUGGUAAUCCAAGAGGAUGACAACAACUGUGCCAAAGUCAUUGUUUACUCCCUCUACAAAUACCAUAAUGAGAAGGAUGUGAAGAGCUUCGUCCCUCCAAAAUGUGUUGAAUGUGAUCAAUCAGAGCUGGAAAGGGGUGACAUGAGUAAAAAAGGCCAUAAAGAAAUAAAAGUUGCUACUAAGUCAGUCCAAGGUGAUCUACUUGAACUCUCUCAAGAACAAACAUGCCCAGGAUCAAUAACACCUGAAGGGAAAGUAAAGGGGAGUGUAAAACUAUUCAAAAGCUGCAUUGAAAAGGGAGAUUUUGAGUAUUUAAAAAGUCUUCAGACUGAAGAAGCAGUUCAAGAACUCCCUGAAAACCAAACUAUGGCUGGACAGGAAGUUCUUCAUGAAAAGGAAAGUGAUCAAGUGCAGGAAACUACUGAGUGGGUACCUGUGGAUGUAAAGAGGCUUAAAAGCAUGUUCUCUGGAGACCCAAGUCAACACCAAGCAAAGAAAAAGAUCCACAAAAAUAUAUACGCAGGUCAAAAUGUUUCUACAGAAUGCAGUUCUGGGGUAUUAUCUCAUGUGCAGGAAAAUACUACAAGCAGUGAAUGCACUGAUGAAGCACAAGAGCAAGCGUGUCCCAAAGUUGCGACGCAGGAGUCCUAUGAAAAUUUUGAGAAACAAGAUCACGAGCUUGGUGCCCACGAAGCUCAAUUAGUCAAGGUGGUAGAUCAGAAUGAAGAGAUCUCUAACCUCCAAACUGCACUGCAUCAGUCAUCACAAGAAAAACAAAAGACUAUUAUUCAGAAAUCAUCUGAGGAGCUCUUUCCCUCGGUUACAGCAGAUACUGUGAAACGCUCAAGAGUAGAAGAAGAAUUUUCUCAAGAAAACUUCACCUCAGCACAGAAAACAGAUUACCAGCACAAAAAUAUAGAAACAAGCCACAAAGAUGCUACUCCUGAGGAAACACACACUCCUGAAUCAUGCAGCAACGAAGGUCAGGAAGGUGCAAGGGGGGCGCAGAAACAACCUUUAGAAACUCCUAUGGUCACUACACAAAGUUUGGAAACAAGUCCUGCACAACAGGAGGAUGAGGAAGUUGUUUUUCAUGGUAAAAUUAAAGCAGCUUUGCAAUCUUUAGAAAGAUCUAACGUUAAUGUCACAAGAGGAGAUUUUAAAGCAGCUAUGAUAUACAGAAACUCUUCAAAGCCUCACAGAGAAAAAGCUCAACACGUGGAUGUGGUGUCUAUUCAAACGACCAGUGCUGACGAGCUUUUCACUGUGACUGAAAAUGAAGCAAGUCAAAUAUCAGUGAAACAAGAGGCAACUGCAGCAAAUCCGGAGCCUCCACACCAAAACAAAACCCAGAGUAACCCAACAACGAGACUCAUUUUAGAGAAAAGCAAAAAGCCUACUGGUCCAAAACCAGCCAUUCCACCUAAACCAGAACAUCUGAAGGAGAAACAAAGCAAUAACGAGUCAACCCAAAAUAAUUCUGAUAUCAAGGCAGAGGAGAAAAGAACCCAGGAUUUAGCAGCCAAAAGUGAUACGAGUGAAGCAGAUGAAAGUCAUAUAGAUUUCCAUGACGCAUUUGAGAAAUUUGGAGGCAAAAAGACAAAGACUGCCCCUGUAAAGCCCAAAAGACUGAAAAUCCCCCAACCAGACAACAAAAACCUGAAACCAGUGGCUGGAAAUAAAGAAAUGUCUGUUCUUGCACAUGUGGAUCCAGAUGUGGCAGAAAUGACAAGCAAUCAAUCAUGUGACACCUGUGAUUUUCUUAUGUUUCAGGUACAUGGGCCAGACGUGGCCGUCAAAAAGGCCAGGUGGGUCUGGUACCAGGUAGUUUGA